AUGGGUUCCCGUCCAGAAUUAAAGCUCGACGAUGAGGGCGGCUUCAUCCGCUUCUUCAAAUCGCUUCCCGCCGUCGGCGACGACACGGUCCGCAUCUUUGACCGAGGCGACUGGUACACUUCCCACGGCGACGAUGCCAACUUCAUCGCAAACACUGUCUACAAAACCACCUCAGUCGUCCGACAGCUCGGCCGAAAUGACCACACCGGCCUCCCGUCCGUCACCAUGACCGUCACCGUCUUCCGACAAUUCCUUCGCGAGGCCCUCUUCAAACUCGGCAAGCGCAUCGAAAUCUGGCAGAGCCCCAACGGCCGCAUGAACUGGAAGUGCACCAAGCAGGCGUCCCCCGGCAACCUGCAGGACGUUGAGGAGGACCUUGGCGGCCAGAUCGAGUCGGCGCCAAUGAUCAUGGCUGUCAAGAUCUCCGCCAAGGCCUCCGAGGCCCGCGCCGUUGGAGUAUGCUUCGCCGACGCCUCGGUCCGCGAGCUCGGCGUCAGCGAGUUCCUCGACAACGACCUGUAUUCCAACUUUGAGGCCCUCCUCAUCCAGCUCGGCGUGCGCGAGUGCCUCCUCCCCCAGGACAAGAGCGAAAAGGACAAGGAUCCCGAGUUGGCCAAGCUUCGUCAGAUUAUCGACAACUGCGGCGUCGCCAUUGCCGAGCGCCCCGUGGGCGAGUUUGGCAUCCGCGAUAUUGACCAGGACCUGGCGCGGUUGCUCAAGGACGAGAAGGCGACCGGGCUUCUCCCCCAGACGGAGCUCAAGCUGGCCAUGGGCUCUGCUGCGUCGCUGAUCAAAUAUCUCGGUAUCCUCCAGGACGCAUCCAACUUUGGCCAAUACCAGCUCUACCAGCAUGAUCUUGCACAGUUCAUGAAGCUUGACGCCGCUGCCCUCAAGGCGCUGAAUCUCAUGCCCGGCCCGCGGGACGGCGCCAAGACGAUGAGCAUCUACGGCGUCCUAAACCACUGCAAGACGCCCGUGGGCAGCCGUUUGCUGGCGCAGUGGCUCAAGCAGCCUCUCAUGAAGAAGGAAGAAAUCGAAAAGCGCCAGCAGUUGGUCGAGGCUUUUUUCGCCGACACAGAACUUCGUCAAACGAUGCAGGAAACACAUUUACGCUCUGUCCCAGACCUGUACCGUCUGUCGAAACGCUUCCAGCGCGGCAAGGCGAACCUCGAAGACGUCGUCCGGGCGUACCAGGUCGUCAUUCGCCUGCCCGGCUUCAUUGGCACCUUUGAGGGUGUCAUGGACGAGGCGUACCGCGACCCCCUCGACGAGGCCUAUACCACCAAGCUCCGCGACCUAUCCGAUAGUCUCGGCCGGCUGCAGGAUAUGGUCGAGCAGACAGUCGACCUCGACGCCCUCGAUCGCCACGAGUACAUCAUCAAGCCCGACUACGACGCCGGCCUGCGCGUCAUCCGCAAGAAGCUCGACCAGCUCGACCGCAGCAUCCGCGAAGAGUUCCGCGACGCCGCGUCCGAUCUCGGCCAGGAGGCCGACAAGAAGAUCUUUCUCGAGACGAGCCACAAGGUGCACGGCGUGUGCAUGCGCCUCACCCGCCAAGAGGCGGGCUGCAUCCGCAACAAGUCCAAGUACCAAGAGUGCUCGACACAGAAGAACGGCGUCUACUUCACCACCAAGAAGCUGCAGGCGUACCGCCGUGAGCACGACCAGCUGUCGCAAAACUACAACCGCACGCAGAGUGGCCUGGUGCACGAGGUCGUCCAGGUCGCCGCGUCGUACUGCCCCGUGCUCGAGCGCCUCGCAGGCGUCCUCGCUCACCUCGACGUCAUAGUAUCGCUCGCGCACUGCGCCGUCAACGCCCCCGAGGCGUACGUCCGUCCGACCAUUCAUCCGCGCGGGGAGGGCCAGACGCGGCUGAUCGGCGCGCGCCAUCCGUGCCUGGAACUACAGGACGACGUGCAGUUCAUCACAAACGACGUUGCGCUCACGCGCGACAAGUCCUCCUUCCUCAUCAUCACUGGACCCAACAUGGGCGGCAAGUCGACCUACAUCCGCCAGGUCGGCACCAUUGCCCUCAUGGCGCAGGUCGGCGCCUUUGUGCCCUGCGCCGAGGCCGAGCUCACAAUCUUCGACGCCAUCCUCGCGCGCGUCGGCGCCAGCGACUCCCAGCUCAAGGGCGUCUCCACCUUCAUGGCCGAGAUGCUCGAGACGGCCAACAUUCUCAAGUCGGCCACCUCCGAGUCCCUCAUCAUCAUCGACGAGCUCGGCCGCGGCACCUCGACCUACGACGGCUUCGGCCUCGCCUGGGCCAUCUCCGAGCACAUCAUCAAGGAGAUCCAGUGCUUCGCCCUCUUUGCCACGCACUUCCACGAGCUCACCGCGCUGGCCGACCAGCACCCGCACGUCGCCAAUCUGCACGUCACCGCGCACAUUGGCGGCGCAGACGAUGACGCCGCCAAUGACAAGCGCGAGGUCACGCUGCUGUACAAGGUCGAGCCGGGCAUCUGCGACCAGAGCUUCGGCAUCCACGUCGCCGAGCUGGUGCGCUUCCCCGACAAGGUGGUGCGCAUGGCCAAGCGCAAGGCCGACGAGCUCGAGGACUUCACGUCCAAGCACGAGGACCUCGGGCUGAGCUACAGCAAGACGGAUGUCGAGGAGGGCAGUGCCAUGCUCAAGCAGCUGCUGGUGCAGUGGCGUGCGCAGGUCCAAGACGCAGGACUCAGCAAGGAGGAGCAGGUCGCCCAGCUCAAGGUGCUGGUCGGCGACAACGAAAAGCUGCUGGCGAACCCCUUCUUCCAGUCCGUCAAGGCUCUAUAG